AGUGGAUAGAUUUGAUAUUUGGUUGAUGACUGAUUGUAAUGUGAAAGACAACAGAUGCCGCUAAUAUUGGUGAAUCUGCCUUCAUAAAAAAGAAAAUGACUUCACCAGGUGAAACCAAACACACUCGAGCGCCUCGUUUAAUCUCUUUUAGCGUUUAAACUUUGCUUUCUAUCCUCAGAAAGCUCUAAUAAAGCACUAUUAAUCACAAGAACACAGCAGGACAGUCAGACUGCAGCACAGGUAAGCGUCUUCAGUUUCUCAUCUCUGUGUCUGUGAUGUUUAUUUCGGGCGUUUGUCUCUCUUGAACUGGAGAAUAAAGUUCAUGAACUCGCACGAGUCUCAGCAGGAGCGCGCGCGCCACAGAUCGGCACGCGCCAUGUUUGUGUUUGAGAGCAAAUGGUUUGGAUUUCGCUUCACACCUUUGGAUCUCCACACAGGAUUAAACUAAAGCAUCUAAUUAUCACCAAAUCAUCAUAUUAGUAAAUGCGCAAUCACAGCUGACAGUUUUGCUAAGCUGAAAGGGAAUGUUCCCUGAACAUUUUAAAAACGUUUUUCUUGAACGUAAAGGGAAAUAUUACUUUUGAAUGUUCUCUAAACAUUCUGAAACCUGGUAACAUUUUAAAAAAACGUCAAACUAUGAAUCGUUUAGUUUGAUAGUUUGACGUUUUUUAAUAUACGGAAUAUAUAUAAUAUACGGAAGUUACGCAAUCAUUACAAGCGCACAAACCGUUAUUGAUCGUAUUAAAUAACGUACAAAAAUAUAAAAUAACAGAUUUUUCACAUUUUAUAAAUAAAUAUUAACAACACGAAUUAAUUAAAAGCACUUACAUGUGAAAGAAUUAAACAUUUAUCAUAUUUUUCAGUAUUUUCUGUGCGUAAACACAUGAGACAAGCACAGGUCAUUAAAGAAUCAGUUGUUGUUAGUAAAUGUGUCAACUCGCCAUGUGUUGGCGGGAGUGUGACAUCACACCUUCACCAUUGCGCGUGUCAGCCGCGAGGCGUGAACGCACCGUUUGGCACGAGCGCGCGUGCGGGUAUAUAAGGGCUCGAGACUUCAGUCCGAACAUCAUUCUGACCGGAAACAUCAUGGAGAAAAUCACUCUGACACACGGAUUAAACGCUGAAAUUAAGCCCUGGAGACCUUGGGUCAGUAAACCCAGUCAUGGACGCAGAACUGCCGCUCUUAAGCCUUAUGAAAGACCGUCCGCUGACCAGCAACACUUUAAAGUGUCCACCAUCACACACCCUGUGAAGUUGUUCUGGCCCAAAUCCCAGUGUUUCGAUUACUUGUACCAGGACGCGGAGAUUCUCCUGCGAAACUAUCCGGUUCAGGCCACGAUCUGCCUGUAUGAGGACUCAGACACUGAUGAUGAUGAUGACGAUGACGAUGAAGAGGAUGAGAAAGAACUCAACUGAACACAUCUUUAUUUAUAUGGACUGCAAAUUCUGAUUCACUUUAUUUAGUCAAAGUAUGUAAAUAUGUACAGUAUAUAAAAAGAAUUGAACUUUAUUUUUUUAGUAUUUAUAAUAAAUUAUUCUGAAUUCCAACUGUAACUUAUUUCCUUGAAAUAAAUAUCGAAAUAUUCAAA